UAUUACAUAAUAAUUGAGUUUAAAUUAUUAAAAGCCUGCAAAAUAAUAUGGCUUUGUAUGCCCUGCUCCGGCACCGACAUCUUUCUAAUUUGACCGACCGUUACGAUAUAAAAGCGCGAUCGAAUAUUCCAUUAUAAAAAAUCUUUUCUUUUUUUUUUGUUUAUUGCUCAAUACAGUCGGAUGAAACAACAGCGCUCAACGGUCGUUGCGCAUACUACGGAAUGUCAGGUGUGUAUUUAUCUCAAGCACGUACGUGAUCUCGUUAGUGGAGUAUGCGAGCGUUGAAAGCGAAAAUGACAGGAGCUGUGAAUAUAACGAGUUAAAAAGUUAAAAUAAAGAGGGAUAAUCGUCGAAACUUAGUCCAGAAUCCAGCCGAACAAUGGCUUUUCCACCGUUAGUGAGCUCAACGCCUCCACCCCUUGAUAAUUUUGGCGAGUCGGAUGAUGACGAAUUUGGCGAUUAUGCCACAGGUGGCAUUGAUGGUUUGUCUACGGCAUCUGAUUCGCCACUGAAGCUUCUAACACCAGUUCAAACGCCAACACCUUCGUUGGCCUCACCGAAGCUGAAUGGAACGAGCGACUAUUCACCAGGAUCUGAAGCAUCAAGAGAAAAGGAUAUAAUAGAAACAGGAGGAAAUAUCUUCAGCGAGGAUAUAAUGAUAGUCGAAAAGAGUGACGAGAGCGUGAGCAGCAUAAAAUUAGAUAAUUGUAGGACACUUAGCGAUAGUUUGAAAAACAAUAAUACAGUGGAUAAGGAUUUGAUAAAUUAUAGCGUUUUAGAUGUAUGCGAGAUGAACGGUGUUGUGUCGAGAAACGUUAGAGACAUAGAAAACGACGAGAGACCUAUUGAAAAAUCGACAAAUGUAGAGGAUAAAAAUUUGUUUAACGGUGACGUAGUUAGCAGUAACAAUAUUAGCAGUAACAGCAGUUUAGGGAAUAGCCCGAGGAGCGUAAGCGAGCGUGACGUAUCGUCGAACAAUUUGGAAGUUACGGACGAUCGCGAACCCUUGAGUUUGGUAUUCGAUGAUCCAACCGACGAGGAUGAUGCGCAUCCAAAUCUGGAUGAUGAUAUUUAUGCCUAUGAGAAAUUCAACGCUACCCUCGUGUCCGAGACUAGCCCGGCCCAAUGUACAAUCAUUCCUGAAACAAUUGACGAUGAAAUGUCGACAAUCACCAGUAAAGAGACGAAAACCCAUGAAUCAUGGAGUCCGAAGCUUCGAGAAACCAGAGUACAACAUUCAUCAAACGAGAUUAUUCAAUCCCAAGAAGCCGGCGACACGAUCAACGAUGUCACUUCAGAUUUUGGAAGCUUUUGCAUUUCCGACGACAACAACGUGCCCGAUGUUGAUUCCUUCACGAUAUCUGACCUCGAGCCAACUUUACCUCACGAUUUUUCGGACAAUCAAAACAAUACGAAUAACCCGAAGAAUUUCGCCGAUUUUACUUUCGACUUUGAGCUUGAUGCGAGCAAUGAGAUUUCUUUGGACAAACCGGAGUUUGUAAAUAAUAGUGUUGGACGUGGCGUUCUGGAAACUCGUUCCAUCGAUGAUCUAGACCAUGAUUUCACCGCCUCAAACGUUGAUCCCCAACCGAAUGAUACACUCCAGUCUUUCGAAGAUGAAACUUCCAAGAUUUUUCAGUCUACCACCGAGAUCAUGGAUGAUUUUUCGACAAUCACUCUAAGCUUUAACGAUCCAACCACUUUUCCUAUUUCCGGAAGUAGCGAAAAGAAUUUUCAAAAAGAUUCUCCUGUGCUCCAAGCGCAGACCGCAAUGGAUUUUCCUAAUUUCAAUGAUUAUCAAUGUGAUCUCGAACUCGAUCAGCCAACGAGCCGUGAUUGCGACAAUACCGUCAAUAAGACUGCUCAACUGGAGCUUGACAAUUCGGAGGGAAUUGCGAGCCACGAAACGUCAACGUCACUGCCAAUCUCGAAAAGCCACGUGGCCAGCAGCGAGUUUUUCGACAGUGAAACUGACCAUUUUGAGACUCCUACUCGUUCCACGAUUCUCGUCGACUCCGAAACCGGUCAAUCCCACGAAGUCAUCAGUCAGGAACAACCUAAUUCCCAACAGCUCGACGACAGGGACGAUGAAUUCGGCGACUUUGCAAAUUUCUCCAACGAACCUACUGCCGAACAAUCUGACGAUUGGGCCUCAAGCUACACAUCUCCGAGAAACGAUUUACCCAACGUGACUCCUCCACUAGACGACGACUUUGAUGACUUCGGAGAUUUUGACUCGGGCCUUCUACCGGUAGAGAAACCUCAAUUUAGUUUGAAAGAAUCUAUCAGUCGGAUAGAAAACAAGAACGCUUCCAACAAAAUCGAAGACAUCAUGACCAACAUGUUUCCCAUUCUGACUCAGCCUGAUGAAGCUAACUUACAGCCCCUCAUUACCGAAGCUGAUCACAUCUGGGAAAGUGUCAAAAGUGUCGAGGACACUAACGCCCUUUCUUAUCAAUGGUCCAAUAGCGUCAGUAACACAGUACUCUUGACCUCGCUGGGAAUCGAUUCGCGAAAUAUCCUUUUCGGUCCAAGGUGGAAUCCAAACAUACCACGAUUCGCUGCUAACCUCGGAUUCGCUCCACUGGAGCCCGUCAAAGCUGGUGCAGAAUUGCAACAAUCGUCAUCCUCGAACUCUGCCAAAAUUCAGCAAAAUUUUACAUCAGAAGAAGUGCCAGCUGCUCAAUUCGAUUGGAACAGUGCCGGUCUCGUGAACCCCUUAGAAGCGAGUGGGGGUCUUUCGGCUCUAUUGCCGUUAGAUUUGUUGUAUCCGUUCGAUCCACUUCUAAAUCCUCAUUGUUCCGCGCACUCCGAAUCCUACCAUCAUCACGCUGCUUGUGCCAGGAGCUCCAUAUAUUACUAUUCUCCGGAGUCGGCAUCAUCGCAGGAUCCUGUAGUUCAUAAUCCAGGAGCCGGAGGGAAAGGUCAACGCGUAUCCGAGGGUGGAGAAGGCUCAAAGUCGCAUCGACAAUCAGGGCGUAUAAUCGAGCCUUUGCCAGGUCCGAGUAACGUGGAUUGGAAGAAAAGAAGCGAGCCCCCGGAAAUGGGAAGCCGAAAAAGUUCGUCCUUGUCGCAAAAGUCUUCGUCGAGUGGUGGAAAAACGUAUUCGAGUAGCGGGAAGAAAGGAUCGGUGAAACCGGAGCCUGGCAAGCCGGAUAAUCCUCGUGGCGAUUCGCAUCGUAACGCGGGAUCGUCGAGUUAUGGAAAAACUUCGGAAACGACGAUUCUUGACAGAUACGGUCGUCCAAUGCCGGUCAAAGAUGAGACGAUACGCGUGUUGAAACAGUUGCCGGAUAUAUCGUUUCUCAGUGCAAGAACCCUUCUUUACAAUCCUGAACAAAAGCAAAUAGUUCAAGAUCUUGGUGCGAUGAUUAAUCGGAAGAUGCCCGGUUGAGUAACGUCGGUCUGAACGCGCGUUUGAAAGGCUAUAACGGAGGACAAUUCGGUGCAUUAUUCGUUUAACGAGCGUUUCAAAUUGGUGUUUGUAUCUGAAUGAGAAAGAAAGAGAGAAGGAGGGGAAGGGGAAAGAGAUAAAGUGAGUGAGAGAAGGAAAAAGAGAGUGAUAAAACGAGAAAAAAACAACAACAAAACGUGUGCGCUGCUCCCUCUAUGUUUCAAAUCUGUGUUCAGACCGAUUCAAUCGAUUCAAUCUUGGCUCUUCCAACAAUUGACUAUACUGAAAACAUUCACAACAUUAAACGUCCAUUGUCAGAACAUUGACUCAUUGCACCUUACUGAUCAACAAAAUUAUUUUCAAAGUUUUCUCAUCACAGUUUGAAUCAAACGUGUCAUUGCACUGGGGAUUAUUCCAAACAUUCCAAAUACACGCGGCUCUGCAUUUUUCUCCUCUCUAAGAGCAUUUUCAAAUUGCUCACUAGUACUUAUCUUUAUUAUGUUUUUUAGAGUAAUUAAUUUUCGUUUUUCGUAAACGAGAAAACGUCUUGUCUCGUUUUCGCUAACUAGCUCACACGCAUAUGUCCAUGUACAUAUAGAUAAGUGCAUUCAGAAAGUCCAACGGCGAAUAUUCAAGAAUUGAAACAUGGAUGCAAGACAGAAUUCGAGUCGAAAAAUUAUUAGCAUUUUACAUCACAAGCCCAAACGCGAGUGGUUUUUCGACUCGCCAUUCACAAUACUUGAAUUUUUCAUUGUUGGAUGUUCAGCCUGAAACACGCUGUAUUUACAAAAAUAUAUAAUAAUAUUAAAUUGUAAACUAUUUCGAAAGCAAUUGGACAUGAAUAAUUCAGCCCCGUUCUAGUCGACAAGUUUGUAAAAAGUUGAAACUUUAAAAACGCUUCUUCAUUGCUUAAAACAAAAUUUCGAACGUUAGUAUUUCGAUGGAUUGGCGGGAUUUCUAAACCGCGUCCAGAGUUUUCAUUUUACCGAUUCAUAAGAAUUCUUAGAAAAGCGAAAACAAUUAUAGUCGAUAUUAUCGAUAAGGAUUAAGAUACACGUGUGUCAAUUAAUUUUUUCAUACGCGAAUUCAUCUCUUGAGUGAAUUCGCCUUGGUGUAGGAAACAAACAAAACUGUGAGCUUUUCAAUCGAAAAAUUCGAGGUGUGCGCUUGAUCGUUAAAUUUAUGGGGCUCCUGGCUGGACCUUGAGAGAAUGUUAUUUAUAUUGUAUUUAAUACAGGAUAAAGAAACAAAAUGAAAGGGGAAGAUUGAAAAACGUCAUAAUCAAGAUAAAUCGAGAGAUUAUCGUUGUGUACAAGGUAGUUGUCACGUUCUCGUCGCUAUAUAUAUUUUACUUCUCCAUUGUGUUAUUGAUACAGUACCGCGUUUAUCAAUUAUCGACAAUGAUGUAAUAUAUUUUAUGUACAGUAUUGAAGAUAUUAUUAAUAUAGACACGUGUUGAAAACAA